UUCCUACCAUUUUUUCAUUGCAAUUCGCAGUUCUGUGACUGUCUCGGCAGCUCUCUUUCUUGUUCUUUUCUAUCUUUUUGGCUGAUUUCUCCUGAUUUUUUUUCGUCUCUUUGUUGAUUUUGUGCCUGAUUCUUUGCAGUCCACCAUUUGUUUUCAAGAAUCUAAUUUUCUUAAUUUCUUUCGUUUCCUUUUGCAUUGUUUUCUUGGAUAAUGAAGGAGAGCAUGGAAAAUCCCCUCCAUCUCAAGUCCUUGAAUCACAUCUCGCUUUUGUGCAGAUCAGUUGAGGAAUCCAUUGAUUUCUAUCAGAAUGUUCUUGGGUUUGUGCCAAUUAGGAGGCCAGGAUCUUUUGACUUUGAUGGAGCUUGGCUAUUUGGCUAUGGAAUUGGAAUUCAUCUAUUGCAAUCAGAAGAUCCAAAGAACAUGCCCAAGAAAAGUAAUAUUAAUCCCAAAGACAAUCAUAUUUCUUUCCAGUGUGAAAGCAUGGGGGCAGUGGAGAAGAAGCUGAAGGACAUGGAAAUCAAGUACGUGCGAGCCAUGGUGGAGGAAGGUGGAGUCCAUGUGGAUCAACUCUUCUUCCAUGACCCAGAUGGAUUCAUGAUUGAAAUAUGCAAUUGUGAUAGUCUGCCUGUGAUUCCUCUAGCUGGAGAGAUGGCACGAACGUGCUCUCUUGUGAAUCUGCCUACAAUACAGCAUAACAAGCAGCAGAUCCAGCAGGUGGUCCAGCAGUAGAGAGUUGUAUAGAGGCCAGCAAUAGAUGUAAUUUGUCAAUAAAAUUGUGGGGCUAAGGGGUGUGGUCUUUAUUAUGUUUUGUGUAUGUGUUGGUUUUAGUUUCCUUUGUUUCUUUUUUACUUGGGUCGGGUCUUUUGGUACCAAUAAGGUAAACGCAAAUGUCUUGCACUUCAACGUAGAUUGUCAUUCCUAGUAAAUUUACUUAAAAAAAAAAUUAGUGAAAUACUAGUAAUAUGCGUGGUGAUAAUAUAUAAUUUUUAUUUUUAA